AUGACAGAAGAACAGAAACAACCUGAGCCGGUCACGACGUUGUCUUUUCAUGUUGCUGAAACAGAACCUAACCGAUCAAGUGCUGGCAUUGUUGUUGAAACCUUACCAGGUCGUCUUGAAUUACGUACUAAUAAUCCAUGGGAAGAAAUAUGUGGCCACACACGAGCUGUUCGACGUGGACCGUUUGUCAUUGUAGCUGGUACGACAGCUAGUGAUAUCACUGUCACAGGAGGGGUUCUUCAUCCUGAAAGUACAUAUCAUCAAACAGUUAUCAUCUUUGAACGCAUUACUAAUGCAUUAUUAAGAAUGGGAGCUCAAAUCACAGAUAUUGUUCGUGUGCGAAUGUUUGUUAUUAAUAUUGCUGAUCAAGCUGAUGUUUGCCGGGCAUUCAAAGAAACUUUUCAUUCUUAUGGUAUUCGAGUACCUGCAACACUUGUUCAAGUCAAUGCUUUUGUUCAUCCUGACAUGCGAAUCGAGAUUGAAGCUGAUGCUAUUGUUGUGUAA